GGGGUUGGUAGUCGAGCAGCGUCCGUCGACAGGGUUGAACGUAAUCCUUGACGUUAGCUGCGGAAGAAGAGUGACGCGAUCUUGUAAUAUUCGGGAGGGAGAAGCCGGUUGAUUUGCAACGUUGCGGUUUAAAAUGGAUUGAAGACACGGGAUAUCAGAGAGCGAUAAUCCAGGGUCGUAUAAGGAGAGUCGGAUAUAAUGGUGGAUAAACUGCACGAGUACGAGGGAUUGGCCGGUAGAAUUCACGGUGUCCGAGAUAAAGUUGGUGAGAAAUGGAACGGUUGGAAAGAGUGGAAACAGAGUAUUCCCUUGGAUCAGGGAAUCGAAGGUUUUUUGAACCAUAUCCGAGGCCCUCCGAAGCUGGAAAAGACCCUCGACGACUACUCGCACAUAUACAGGAAAAAAACGCGGGGUGAGCUGGUCCGGAUCUCGGCCGCCGUAAUGGGAAUCGAGUUUUCGUACGCGGCCGAAACCGCGUUCGUAUCACCGACGCUCCUCAAGAUCGGUGUCGACCACCAGCACAUGACCUUGGUCUGGGCGCUGAGUCCUCUGGUCGGUUUUUUCGUCACCCCGUUCCUCGGCAGCGUGAGUGACCGUUGCAGAAUACGACAGGGACGAAGAAGGCCGUUCAUCCUGCUCUUGGCCAUUGGUGUAUUCAUAGGGUUGAUCCUCGUCCCCAACGGCGAAAACAUGGGAUACGCCUUCGGCGACACCCCGACGUUUGCCAAUCACACCGUUCCUCUGGGGCAUCGGACCUCGGGCACAAAUUCUACCGACGAAAACCGGCACUCGUCACCGACAUCGUCCCAUUCUUGGGGGAUAUUCUUCACAAUACUCGGCACUGUUCUCCUUGACUUUGACGCUGACGCCUGUCAAAGCCCAGCAAGAGCCUAUCUUCUGGACGUCACGGUUCCAGAGGAUCAUGCCCGGGGACUCAGCACCUUCACAAUCAUGGCCGGAUUGGGGGGCUUCAUGGGCUACGGACUGGGGGGCAUCAACUGGGACGCAACAACCCUCGGGGUCAUGCUGGGGGGCCACCUUCACGCGACCUUCACGUUGAUCACGAUAAUAUUCGUAAUAUGCGUACUUUGCACCAUAACCAGCUUCAAGGAAAUUCCACUCGAGGUUCUCGAGCGGGAUCAGUACCAACGAUUCCACGAUCAGAAGAUGUCUGAGAGCAGAAAGUCGGAAGAGUCGGACAAGAUUGCAGCCGAGGAGUGCACGUCUUACGGAACCCUGACGCAGACGGAGGAUCCAACGAACGUUGGAAACAACGCAGAGGAGUUCAUCCUCAGGCAGCUUCCCAACGACGAACGUCCGAAGCGACCUGGCGCUGUUCCCAUUAUUCCCGACGUGCUUCCGGAGGCAUCAAUGGCGAUCGAGAACAACGAAUUGGACGACGGGGCCGAAGCCAAUUCCAGAACAACUCUGAGAGAGUAUCUUCUGUCGAUACUCUACAUGCCUCACAGCAUGAGGAUGCUGUGCUUGACGAAUCUAUUCUGCUGGAUGGCACACGUCUGCUACUCUCUCUACUUCACCGAUUUCGUUGGCGAGGCGGUUUACGGUGGUGACCCUAAGGCUUCUGACGGAUCUAAUGAACGACAACUUUACGAAUCUGGGGUUCGAUUUGGGUGCUGGGGAAUGUCCAUGUACUCCCUAUCAUGUGCCUGUUACUCGCUCGUCAUUGAGAAACUCAUUAAACGCUACAAAGCCAAGAAAGUGUAUAUAUGUGGACUGCUGUUCUACAGUACGGGAAUGAUGAUGAUGGCGUUAACGAAACACCCGGUGGGUGUAAUUAUUUUCUCGUGGACAGCCGGCGUUAUGUAUUCGACACUCUUCACAAUGCCGUAUCUGCUGAUUGCCCAUUAUCACGCUUCGUCAACGUUCGAGGUUGGGUUGGAUGGGAUUGCCGUUCAAAGUGGCGGUGUCCGAGGCCUGGGUACGGAUGUUGCGAUCGUUUCGUCGAUGGUGUUCCUGGCGCAAUUCCUCCUGUCCUGUGGUCUUGGGACCAUAGUCAGCGUCUCGGGAACGACAACAGCAGUCGUAUGGGUGGCAUGCAUGCUGGCAGCUUGCGGUGCCGUUUCAGCUACCCAAAUUAUGUACUUGGAUCUCUGAACAGCACACGUACUAUGUAGACAAAUUUGAGCACAGAGCCACUGGUUGAUGGAUAUACGCAAUUGCCAGUGUCGUACAAGAUAAUGAGUUUCGUUGUCUAGAGGAAAGUAUGAAGAGAUUAUGCAUAUAAAAAUUAAUUGUCUCUGUAACCGGCAUGAAAGAUACAAGAUUAUCCUUAUUUUUAUCUCUGAAUAUUCGAAAAGAUGACGAUAAUGACGGGAGAUUGUUACACAUCAGUGAGAUAAAAGUAGGCUCAUCUGAACGAAAAUUAAAGAUAAACUUGACCCAAAUUAUCUCUAUGUAACAUAAAAAGUAAGGUGAAUUUAUCGAAGAUAAUUAUCUUUGAUAAAAAUAUGUAGGCAACGUACAACACUGACGAAUUCGCGAAUUUGGGUGUUAAAAAUUACGUACACCAUACAUUCGGGAGUGGAAAAAAAUUCGUUUCCGAUCUUAGCGACUUGUGUCUGUUUAAUUUUCGACAAUUUCAAAGUUCGGUUGUUAUAUAUUGAAAUAAAAAAUAUGUGGGAAACAUUACAUCAGCUGCGAUUGAUUUAAAUAUUAAGUUCGUUAAUAUCGAAGGCGCAGGAAACUUCGUGCAAGCUGAUGGACAUUUAUUCAUAUUACAUCGUGUCAUUUUAGAGUAAUAACCACAGUGAAAAGUUACUUUUAUUGAUACAAGGGGAAUAUUCCUCGCUCCUAUUUGCUGAAUAAGUUGUCAACUACCAAUUUUGAAUCAAACAAAAUAUUUGAGCAUGCACAAAUAGCCAAUAGUGUAUACAUAUAAUGGUAUGUAAAGUGAUUGAAAUACAUCGUCGCGUUAAAUCUAUGAUAUACAUACACAUACAUAUUUUAAUCUUAUCUGAUUUAUUUAAAACAAAAUUGUCAUUGUACAUAAUAUAACGUAAUAAUCGUAAUAGGUAUGAUGUAAAACUGUCACUUUCAACGUGUAAAUAUUACUUAUUACUGUAAUCAAGUAGCAUAUAGAGUUAAUAAAAUUAAACGAACAUCGUA